CGCAUCUGUCCUUUUACACUAACUUCAAGCAGCCUUGAGCUACACCCAAAUCUCCCGCGUAAGACCGCAUACACUUGUUGAAGCAGGCGCCCCUUGGCCAUGCAGGUGGCUGAACGGCUCUCCGCACAGCCCCUUGUCAUUCGUCCCGCAUUGCGCACGUCCGCUAUUCUCUCAAUUCGACCGGUUCUUGCCGCCCAGCCUCAUCCUCACCUUCACGACACAUUCACGAGGCAACAAAAGGCCUGCAGACAUGGGCCCUGCGAGUGAUAUCAAGACACAUGCAAGGGCAGACGAGGUGCAGGAGGCGCUUGGGUACCGUGAUGAACAGUGGCAUUGGUUCUACUGGCUUACAAGAGAGGAAGCAAAAAAGCUCAUUACACUGCACCCAGACUGUCCUACUUAUACAUCUUUCCCUCCAAGAGAGCAAAUCCAGCUGCUUGAGCGCCUGAAUGCAACGCUAUCAAACGAGGGUAUACCACCUAUCACUUCCCAGGUUCUGAAAUGGCGCAUGUCAACCUUGAUUCGUGAUCUAAAAAAGAGGCAGCAGCGUAAGUCAAAAGUAGGUAUCGCAUGCAUCUCCGCCGUCAUACUGAUCGUCGUCCAUACCAGCCGCCACUCAAGCCCAGGAUUCAAGUUCGGCAGCAGGUGCCAGGACGGCCCAGCGUUCAAGCUCAGCAGCAGGUGCUUCUACUGCUUCCAACACGUCAUUCGAUCCCAUAAGGGAUAUAUGAUGUGACAUGAGCAUCUUCACGGCAGAUCGCUUAACAUCUCUCGUCUGUUACUGAUCGCAGGGACUCAUCUCCCCUGGGCGUGGGUUGGGCGCUCCUGGCCUAUGAUGGAUGAGCUGGUUGGCGUUUUGGUUCGAGUUGAUUGGGAAAAGGCUGCCCCUUUUCGUGUGGGAUCCCAUGACCGCGGCAUGUAUGUGGUCCGUUGGACAGAGCAAACAUGCAGCUUUCCCAUUCCUGCUGCAGUAAUCUGUCCAAAACACUCCCCCCUGCGCUCGUCUCAAAGUGCACUCUUCACUUCUCGAAUCCUCGUUCUCCCGCUGUGCCACACCACCGUUCGUCGGUGACAACCUGGCUGAAUGGUUUGAGUGGUCAAGUUCGUAUUAGGUCCAUUGGAAGGAACAUUUUUGACAGGUGUUAG